AUGGAUGCACGCAUUCCUCUUCUACAUUCAGCAGCCGACUUUGUCUCCGCUUCGGAUAUUCAGGCUAAGGCAAUCGCCUCCGACGCGGUCAGUCUGUCCUGGAGGCACACGGCUCCCGGCUCCUCUGUUCCGCAGUGCCAGUACACGUACACAGUCAAGUGGCGUGUGAAGGGCAUCAGCACAGAUUUGGGCGAGCAGAAUGUCGGCUGCGCUAAAAGUCAGCUUUCGCAUACGCCCUAA